AUGGCUGCGCCCACUCCUCCCCAGCCGCCCGUAUCGCCAGAUUCUGGGCCAACGGACCCGACGCUGCCAAAGCUGCCUGCCGGAUGGAUAGCACAAUGGGACAACGGCUCUCGCAAAUACUACUACGUCCAGAUCAGCACCGGCGUCUCGCAAUGGGACCUGCCCACCAGCGAAGCUCCCAUCGGUGGCAGCUCCAACCAUAGCACGCCCGCACAGAACACGAACCCGUACAACAAGCCCGAGGGCGCACAAGGCCCCGAGGCUGGCGAUGGCACAAGAGGCGUCGGCGGCCAUGGGGAGUCGACGGAUCGGGCUGGCGGACUAGGGGGCUUCGCCAUGAACGCGCUGAUGGGCAACAAUAAGCAGAGCAGCGGCCACGGCGGCAGCGGCUCAGGAAACCUCGUUGGCCAGCUUGCCGGCUCAUUACUGGGCGGCGGAAAGCAGAGCCACGGCGGCAGCAGCGGACACGGCGGUGGCGGCUCCGGCAACCUCGUCGGCCAGCUUGCAGGAUCGCUGCUCGGUGGUGGAAAGCAAAGCCACGGGUCGUCUGGACAGCAGCAACAUGGCGGCAGCUCCGGCCAUGGCUCGUCGGGCGGUCUAGGUGGCCUGCUUGGAAGCGUCAUGGGCGGCGGAUCUCACAACAAGCCCGCCGGUGGUGACUACGGCUACAGCCACAACACGUCGCAAGCGUCAAGCGGAACCUACACGGGCUCUGCACCGCCAGCCGCCUACCAGCCAGGAGGGCAAUCUGGUGGUCAACACGGGGGACAGCCCGGCCACAACAGCUACGGUUCUCCUCCCCCAGGACAGUACGGCAGCGGCGGACCCCCACAGCAUGGCGGCUACGGCCAAGACCAACACGGCGGUUCGCAUCAACAGCACCAGGGCUACGGCGCGCAGGCUGGCUUUGGCGGACAAGGACAAGGACCAAACUAUGGCGGUGCGCCUCCUGGAGGCUACGGACAGCAAGCUGGAUACGGUGGCCCGGCGCAAGGCUACCAUGGUGGACCGCAGAACUACGAUAAUCACCAGCACAACCAGUACGGCGGCGGACAGCCAGGUGGCAACCCAGGCCAAUACGGUGGCCAACAGUACCCACCACCACCGCAAGGCGGCUACGGAGGUGGACCGCCUGGGGGAUACGGCGGUCAGCAAGGCGGCGCGCCUCCUCCCGGAUGGCAUUGA